AUGCCGCGGACAGUCAUUCUGAUGCAACUACACGUCAUCUGCAUAUGUGCCAGAGCACACGCCCUCCGGCUGACUCAAAUGGGUGCUGGAGGCAGCCUCAAUCGUCUUGCUGCGCUUGAUCACUUUGCUCUGCGGCAAGUAGCAUUGGGAAACGUCCUGCGGACACCCCAGCGGCGAAGCUCGAUUGCCACGCGCACUUGCACGAUGUCAACGCACACUGCGAGAGACAACGCCCGGCCAAGGCACGCCCCGGAUCACAGGAACGGCAAGCGAAACCGGCGAAAGCUGGGAACGGAACAUCCUGGUGCCAUCGACGUCUUCGCUGCCAAUGCUGAAUGCACAACCACGCACAACCUCCGACUUGAGUGGUUGCAGGACUGUCACACAACAGCACGACAAACCCACACGAGCAAGCGUUUGCCGCUGGUGCUAUCUCCUCACGAAGAGGCUCCGAGCGGUGAAAGGCACCCAGGAAAACGCACAGCAAGAACAGCUGAGCGUGGUGCAGUCGGAAUCUUAGCUGCACGCGACGUGCUCUUUCCACGAGGUUGCAUGUUCCUCAGGCAAAGGAAGGCGGCAGAAGCCGGCGCCAUGCACGCUUGCGCGAUGAAGAGGUCAUGCGGCUCGCUGACGCCAGAGACUUCGCAGUGGCACGCGGACUAUCUGCUCAACGUGAUGCGGGUGCCUCUUCUUUCGAUCUAA